GGUAACCAACCCCGGUGCUGCGGAGGGGUCCCGGUGACGGUGCACCCUCUCGGCCGAGCGCAGCAGAGACCGAGGAGGCCGCGGAGACCCAGGCGGAAGAAGGAGGGCCGCACCCGGGCUGGUCAGGCCAGAGGGCCGUGCCCCGGGGUCCGCAUCGUCCCUGUGGAGCCGCGGGGCCCCGCGUGAUGUGCGGGCUCCGUGCAGCCCCGCAGCGCUCGGGUCGGGGCCUGGUCGGGGCUGUCUGUGCCAGGAGCGCCGUGCUUGGCACGCAGCCUAUGGGCACGGGGCCCCGGCCCUGCAGGCAGCUGUGCCUGGACACCGACUCACCGCACCCUCGCCCCGAUGUUGCGCUGAGUUACAUCAGCCCCGGGGCUGUCCCACAGCCAGCAGGGCCGCAGCUCCGGGGCCUGGGGUCGUGUCUGCGUGCUGACAGCUGCAGAGCUCCGAUGUAGAGAAAUGAGUGCCUUGGGUUGGUCAAGAGUGACAUGAGAAAAUUGGAGUUGUUAACUUCUGGGUGAUAACAGGGCUGAAUCGUAGCAAAAAUAAUUCCAGGUUGUAUAAAAGUGUGGCUCCAGGGAGAGCCUUGAGCUGCGCGCCGUCAGAAGGGAGCCUCGGUGCUGCCCUGUGCUGGGAGGCCCCACAGCCUGGGUGGGUCACUGCCCCGAGGGGAGCACAGCUGUAACCGCGCUGUUCCCACUACACCUCUUCAAAAGCUGUUUUAAUCUGGAUGCUGUCUUCCUAUUCUUUAGUAUGUUUCAGAAUCCUCUAUAUGUCAUUGUGCAAUUUAUUUCUUUUAGUCAGUUAUUUCUGCAUUUAAUUCACAUAUUUGAAGAAUCCUGAUGCAAAUUACUGAGCUUAGCCUUAGAAAAUAACUGUCUUUGCUACAGCUGCGUGUCCUGAGAGCUGCGCGUACCAUAUUUUAUCUUUUCACGGGAAACCAUGUGCAGACAAGGGGACAUUUUGAUGCUUCCAGGCCUCAGGCUCAUUCCCCUCAGUUCUCUAAGGGCAGUGAUGCUUAGUACAGCCGGUGUUCUGCGUUACAGCCAGGAACACAGUGUGGCAGCUGGCUGUGUUGCACAGACGUAGUGGUUUGCUGGUGUGUGUUUGGGCUUAAGGGACUUUGUUUUGUUGUUACAUUUCUGUGUGCCGUGGUUGUUUCUUAAACAUCAUUUAGAUAUUUAAAAUUCAAUUAUGUAAGGCAUUCUGUUUUAUCAGAGAAGUGGAUUUGAGGCUGUAACUGUCAGCUAAGAAAAGAGCACACAUAAUAGUUUGGAGAUUGAGAGAGACAAAGCACUGAUGGGUGGCUGCUGUGCUGAGCUGACACUGAGAAGAGCUCUGCAGAUGGCUUAGGCACGAAGAAGCCAUGAUGGUGACUGAGGAGUGUUACUUUCCCACCCAAGUCACCGCUGCCCCACGCUGCAGCCUGGAUGCCAUGCCCUGACCACAGCGUGCUGGGUCUUGGCUUACUGCUGCCAUUGCACACUGUAACAAGGUGCCCAAGUGAGAGCUGGGCUGCAAAUGGUGUCUCCAAUUAUACUUUUUCUCUAUAAGAGAACAAGCUUCUUAAUACCUCUGUUGGGGCAGUUUUUUGUGUAAUAAAUUAUGUCCUAAGACAUAGAUUUCCCUGAUAUUUCUAUUUGAGCUACUCGUGUUAUGAGGAGCGCUGGAUGGGGUGGGUGGGGGUGGGUUUGGGCUGUAGCUGUGCGUGCAGCUGUCCGAUCUCAGCCGCCUGCUUGCCAUGGUGAAGCUGUGCAAGGCCCCAUCCUGUGGGCAGACAGCGAGCUCUGUGCUUUCUGAGGAUCUUGGGAUAGCUGAAAAAGGAGGGCAAAGUUAAAAUCAGUCUGUGACCAUCAAGCAGUAAUCACCUUUGAUUGUGCAGUCGCAUGUGAUGCUGGUUAUGAUUAAGCAGUGCUAUUACGUGAGGCAGAUUGCUCCACGCAGCGCUGUUACACGUUCCAUACUCUAUUUGUCACCGUGCGUUUCCAUCCGCAGGGCUGGCCGAGCCCUUCCUUGUAAAGCAGCUGCGGGAGAAGGGCAGCGUCCGUCUGGAUGCAUCCCAGGGAACGGUGCCCAUCAGUGCCACGCAGCGUGAAGUGACCGCUCCGAGCCCGAUUUUUCCCCGCGCCACCCAGCAGCAGCCCCACAUCGGAGAUGCUCCGCCGAAACGCAGCCUCGGGAGCCGAGUGGGAAGCGCGGCUCGCAGCGCUGCGAGGAGCAGGCCGACACGCCGAGAGUGAGUCUGAAGGCCGCUGAAGGUCCAUAUGUGUCACAGUUCCGGCUUUCCAUCUCUGGUGUUCUCAGACGUCUGCCAGACACGGAAGUGAGUACUGUAUAGUCUGCUGUCAAAGAUGGUGAAGCUGGAUAUACACACACUGGCUCAUCACCUCAAGCAGGAACGACUGUAUGUAAACUCAGAAAAGCAACUUAUUCAGAGGCUGAAUGCAGACGUAUUGAAGACAGCUGAAAAGCUGUACCGCACAGCAUGGAUUUCCAAGCAGCAGCGGAUUAACUUGGACAGACUGAUCAUCACAAGUGCGGAAGCUUCUCCUGCUGAAUGCUGUCAGCAUGCUAAAAUCUUGGAGGAUACGCAGUUUGUGGAUGGACAUAAGCAGUUGGGAUUUCAGGAGACUGCUUAUGGAGAGUUCCUGAACAGAUUGAGAGAGAACCCUAGGCUUAUCGCGUCCUGUCUGGUUGCCGGAGAGAAGCUCAACCAGGACAACACCCAGAGUGUCAUUCACACAGUCUUUACCUCCAUUUAUGGCAACUGCAUCAUGCAGGAGGAUGAGAGCUACCUUCUGCAGGUCCUUCGUUACUUGAUUGAAUUUGAACUUAAGGAAAGUGACAACCCUAGGCGGCUGUUGAGACGAGGCACUUGUGCGUUCAGCAUCUUAUUCAAACUUUUCUCUGAAGGACUUUUUUCUGCAAAACUCUUUCUUACUGCAACUUUACAUGAGCCAAUCAUGCAGCUUCUGGUUGAAGACGAAGAUCACCUGGAAACUGAUCCAAACAAGUUAAUUGAGAGAUUCUCUCCAGUCCAACAGGAGAAAUUGUUUGGAGAGAAAGGCACAGAAAAAUUUAAGCAAAGAGUCCAAGAAAUGGUUGACUCCAACGAGGCGAAGCUGGUGACCUUGGUGAACAAAUUCAUUGGCUAUCUCAAACAAAAUACAUACUGUUUUCCACAUAGCUUGCGAUGGAUCGUGUCACAAAUGUACAAAACGCUCUCGUGUGUAGACAGGCUGGAGGUUGGGGAGGUCAGAGCAAUGUGCACAGAUCUCCUUCUAGCAUGUUUCAUCUGUCCUGCAAUCGUUAAUCCAGAACAGUAUGGGAUAAUUUCUGAUGCUCCUAUAAACGAGGUGGCAAGAUUUAAUCUGAUGCAGGUUGGAAGACUUCUGCAGCAGUUGGCAAUGACAGGUUCUGAAGAGGGAGAUCCACGUAUGAAGAGCAACCUUGCUAAAUUUGACAAAAGCUGUGUUGCAGCUUUUCUAGAUGUCGUUAUUGAUGGGCGUGCGGUUGAAACUCCUCCCAUGUCUUCAGUCAACCUUCUGGAGGGGCUGAGUAGAACAGUGGUUUACAUGACAUACAGCCAGCUAACUACCCUGGUUGGUUUCAUGCGAAAUGUAAUGUUGAGUGAUCAACUUAAGGAAGAUCGGAUGGCUUUGGAAAACUUGCUAGCAAACUUACCCCAGAACAAACCAGGGAAGAGUAGCAGCCUUGAAAUGACUCCGUAUAAUACCCCACAGCUCUCUCCUGCUACCACUCCAGCUAACAAAAAAAAUCGAUUACCCAUAGGACAGCAAUUGGCAGCCAUUACUGCCUGGGAUACCUCUGCUACCAAUCUUUCAGCUCAUAUAACUCUAGUAACCCCUUUUGCAACUCGUAGCAGAAGUAGGUCAAAUAUUCUCAUGGAUCAGCAUGGGGAUCAUGAAGGAUCCUCCCAGGAGACCAUCCCAGAAGUUCAGCCAGAAGAAGUGCUGGUGAUUUCCCUGGGAGCAGGUCCGCAGAUUACUCCAGGAAUGAUGUCAGAAAAUGAGGUCUUAAAUAUGCAGCUUGCAGAUGGCGGACAAGGAGAUGUCCCUGUUGAUGAAAACAAACUCCAUGGUAAACCUGAUAAAACCUUGCGCUUUUCACUCUGCAGUGAUAAUCUGGAAGGAAUAUCUGAAGGUCCUUCAAAUCGCUCCAACUCAGUAUCAUCUUUGGAUUUGGAAGGGGAGUCUGUAUCAGAGCUCGGUGCAGGUCCGUCUGGGAGCAAUGGUGUUGAAGCUCUGCAGCUGCUGGAGCAUGAACAAGCCACAACUCAGGAUAAUCUUGAUGACAAGCUCCGUAAAUUUGAAAUCCGUGAUAUGAUGGGGUUGACUGAUGACAGAGAUAUAUCAGAAACUGUGAGUGAAACCUGGAGUACGGAUGUCUUGGGUAGUGACUUUGAUCCAAAUAUUGACGAAGAUCGUUUACAAGAAAUUGCAGGUGCAGCUGCAGAGAACAUGCUAGGCAGCUUGCUGUGUUUACCAGGUUCAGGAUCUGUGUUGCUUGAUCCUUGUACAGGUUCAACCAUCUCAGAAACCACAAGUGAGGCCUGGAGUGUGGAAGUAUUACCAAGCGAUUCAGAAGCCCCAGACCUAAAACAAGAGGAAAGGCUGCAAGAACUGGAAAGCUGUUCUGGGCUGGGUAGCACAUCAGAUGACACAGAUGUAAGGGAAGUCAGUUCUCGGCCCAGUACACCAGGCCUCAGUGUUGUAUCAGGCAUUAGUGCAACAUCUGAAGAUAUUCCUAAUAAGAUUGAGGAUCUCAGGUCUGAAUGUAGCUCUGACUUUGGAGGAAAAGAUUCUGUGACAAGUCCUGACAUGGAUGAAGCAGCCCAUGGUGCCAGUCAGUUGACAUCUCCUCCUUCUCAGACAGAUUCUUUGCUUGCAUUGUUUGACCCUCUGUCAUCAAAUGAAGGUGUGUCAGCUGUAGUACGGCCUAAAGUACACUAUGCAAGACCAUCUCACCCACCACCAGAUCCACCAAUUUUGGAAGGAGCUGUGGGAGGUAAUGAGGCUCGAUUACCAAACUUUGGGUCUCACACUUUAAUUCCAACUGAUUUAGAAGCGUUCAAGCAGAGACACUCUUAUCCGGAAAGGCUAGUCCGCAGCAGGAGUUCAGAUAUAGUAUCAUCAGUUCGGAGACCUAUGAGUGAUCCUGGGUGGAACAGACGUCCUGGUAAUGAGGAGAGAGAGCUUCCCAUGCCAACCACCAACACAGGGACAGCUGUUUUGAUGGCUACAUCUCAGUCAUCAUCUUCAUCUCCCAGUAAGGACUCCUCCAGGGGAGAGAUUGAUGAGCGAAAAGACAGCGAUGAUGAGAAGUCUGACAGAAACAAGCCAUGGUGGAGAAAACGCUUUGUGUCUGCCAUGCCCAAAGCUCCAAUUCCAUUUAGAAAGAAAGAAAAACAGGAAAAAGACAAAGAUGAUAUGGUACCUGACAGAUACUCGACACUACAAGAUGAUCCAAGCCCGAGGCUCAGUGCGCAGGCUCAAGCUGCUGAAGAUAUUCUGGACAAAUACAGGAAUGCAAUUAAGCGAACCAGUCCUAGUGAAGGAGCUUUAGUAAACUAUGACAGUGGAGAGACUACAGGAGAUGGUGAGAGCGUGCAUGACUCUCCACGUGAUGAGGCUUUGCAAAACAUGUCUGCAGAUGAUCUCCCAGACUCUGCAAGUCAAGUAGCUCAGCCACAAAGUUCUGCUUUCUCAUAUAGGGAUGCAAAGAAGAAAUUGAGGUUGGCUCUCUGUUCAGCAGAUUCUGUUGCCUUUCCAAUGUUGACACAUUCAACAAGGAAUGGUUUACCAGAUCACACAGAUCCUGAAGAUAAUGAAAUUGUGUGCUUCCUGAAAGUUCAGCUAGCUGAAGCUAUUAACCUUCAAGACAAGAACUUGAUGGCCCAGCUGCAAGAAACAAUGCGAUGUGUAAGCCGCUUUGAUAACAGGACCUGUCGGAAGCUGCUAGCCUCUAUUGCAGAGGACUAUAGGAAAAGAGCUCCGUAUAUCGCUUAUUUAACUCGAUGUCGCCAAGGCCUGCAGACCACUCAGGCACACUUGGAAAGGCUAUUGCAAAGAGUUCUGCGAGAUAAAGAAGUGGCCAACAGAUACUUCACUACAGUGUGUGUGAGGUUACUGCUGGAGAGCAAAGAAAAAAAAAUCAGGGAGUUUAUUCAAGAUUUCCAGAAACUUACGGCAGCAGAUGAUAAAACAGCCCAAGUUGAAGAUUUUCUUCAGUUCUUAUAUGGAGCAAUGGCUCAGGAUGCCAUAUGGCAGAAUGCCAGUGAAGAACAGCUUCAGGAUGCACAAUUAGCUAUAGAGCGCAGUGUGAUGAAUCGUAUUUUCAAACUUGCAUUCUACCCUAAUCAGGAUGGAGAUAUUUUACGUGACCAGGUCCUUCAUGAACACAUACAGAGGUUAUCUAAAGUGGUGACUGCAAACCACAAAGCACUUCAGAUUCCUGAGGUAUAUCUCCGGGAGGCACCGUGGCCAUCUGCACAGUCUGAAAUCCGUACAAUAAGCGCUUACAAAACCCCCCGAGACAAAGUGCAGUGUAUCCUGCGAAUGUGUUCAACCAUUAUGAACCUGCUUAGCCUGGCAAAUGAAGAUUCAGUACCUGGGGCAGAUGAUUUUGUUCCUGUUCUGGUCUUUGUUCUCAUAAAGGCAAAUCCACCUUGCUUGCUGUCCACUGUUCAGUACAUAAGUAGUUUCUAUGCCAACUGCUUAUCUGGAGAAGAAUCCUACUGGUGGAUGCAGUUCACAGCAGCAGUUGAAUUCAUUAAAACUAUUGAUGAUCGCAAGUAACUCAGACAGCACAUAUAUGGGCAGACUGUUAGCAGAAGAGUCUGUAAGAAUGUACAACAGCUGCAAAAGCUAAGAAGAGACUUUCCUUGUAUAAUAUUGUACAGAAUCGAGGCAUUUUAAAACACACCUUUACUAAUCAAAUUAAUUUAACAGGUUUUCCUCUUCUCUUUUGGUUGCGUUUUUCUCCCCUAUAGAUACUGGCACUGCAAAAGGGACCACAGUUUUCAGGUAUUUUGGAAUCUCAAAGCAUACAGAAAAGUCUGUGGUUUUUCCACCACCCCUCUUACUCACGUGAAUAAUUCACUUCAUUUCCAAUGGAACACUGAAACAAGAAGAAUCAGGGCAACCACUUAGUGUACUUUCUAGCUUAAUACACCUUUUAUUAAUAAAACACCAGCCACACUGAAAGUUUGUAGUAGGUGACAUUAGUCACCAAUUGUAUUUCACCUAAAUUGAAAAUUGGAGAGAACAAUGUAAAUAUUAUAUAACUAUAUUUAAUGCACUGCAAUUAUCUUUGGACUCAUUAUCCUUUGAAUAAACAAGCAAAAGCCUCUCGGACCUCUAACAGGUUGUUACAUACUGCGUUUUGGUAAAUGAAAGGACUUCCUUAAAAAGGCAAAGAGUAAAAAAGAACAAAAAACUAUUUAUUAAAAUGUAAUUAAGAGUACUGAAAUUUCUGAAACUGGAAUUUAUAAUAGACAGGGCUUGUUAGAUAGCUGAACACUUUUUGGCUAGGGCAUUAGGGCACUAUAAAGGUUUGAAUAUGUAAAGGAGAGAGGGUCUGUAAGUUACAAUAGAUAAGCCUAAUAUAAAAGAGGAGUAAUAAAAUACCUUACUGUAAUAUUUUUUCUGAAAUAUUGUGUAUACUGUACAAACCCCAAACAGAGAUCCUUAACAGAACCUUGGGCUGUAAUAUAUAUUUUGAUUAGUGACAUUAAAUACAUAUACCAGGGGUUUCAGUGAAUGUUUUUACUAAAUGUUCUUCAUGUUGUCUGCUAUGCAGCAGUGCAAGUUUUACUGUUCAUAUAAAAUAUUUUAAAAUACAACACUGUUCUUUAUGAAACAUAUCAUGACAUCAGUUCAGGGUGUUUUAUAGAUUUCCCACCCCACCUUUCCCUUAAGCUGACAAUUAUGAAUUCAAAGAAGUUUUUAUGCACAAAUACCACGUGGAUUUUUCAUGAAUGAUACGGUCUGAGUGAUGGCCAGUGGCUGUCACACGUAUGCAAGCAAUUGCUGCCCUUUUGUAGCUACAGUUACACUGAGAAAGGGCAGUGAGCCUUUAUCUUUUCCAUGUCAGUAUUAUUCUUGGCUCUUUCUGGAGUGUGGAGUGCACUUCUGACAGAAGGACGCAUUAGGAUGUGGUGUCUGUGAGUGGUAAAGGAAAGAAAAUCUGUCUCACAUUCUUUGCAAAAUAUGUUUGUUUUGGUUUUGUGUGUGUGUGCAUUCUGAUGAUUAAAACCUGUGCACAGCUGGUAUUCCAGAAAAUAAUUUGGUUAACUGAAAUUAGAACAACUUAUGCAAACUGUGAUGUGCUUGGUUUGGCUGUGCUACUUGUCGAGGCAUCAUUAAGGAUACUUCUUUACUAGGACUCUUCUAAUACGUAAUUCGGUAUGGCAGUUUUGCCAAGCUAAUCCUAAGUGAGAGAGUGGAAUGGGAACUUUUAUUUAGAGUCUUUAUGCUCUGUGGGAGACUUCAUUCUGUGGAAGAGCAGCACUCGAUAGAAAUGGGAUUCCUCUGAUUGCCGUACUGCGGUAACUCAGUGUGGAGCACUGCAAUAUUCCAGUGAUUUAGCCUUGAUGGGUUAUUGGUGCUGAACACGUAACUUAAUACUGCAAGCACAGCCCUGACCAAUAACACUCAGAAGUGAAGCACAAAUAUGCCUGAAAGAUAUGGCCAGAUCAUAUCUAAAAGCAAUAUAAACUUGUUUAUAGUGAAGUCUCCUUAAUAUUUAAUUAUUACUUGGAUAUCAGAGAUGUUAAGACCAACGUAUGAAAAUUCCUUUAGUCCUGCAGUUUGGGUUUUAGUUGAGGAGAAUAUCUGAUCCCUAAAUCGGUCUUGUUCUGAACUGUGCUCCUUUAAAGGAUGGCACAAAAGCACUAAGCUGGUGCUCGCCCUGUGCAUGGCUUCCCUUUGCCUGCUGGCAGACAGGGUCUGAUCAGCGCCAUCGCGUCUUUCAGAUUUGCUCUCCUUUAUGGAAGAGGUAAAGAGCCAUUUCCUUUGCAAUCUUUAUUACACUGUGUAGGAAAACACUUAAAUGAACUGGAGUCACUCUGAAAAAAUUACUUUAAGAACAGCGUUUGUUUUGAUGUGCCCCAGAUUAGCUGAGAGUCCUCAUUGCAAAGUUGUCCUUUGCUUUUUAAUUAAACAACUCUGAAAGUUCCUUAGGUCGCAUUGCUAGCCGUGGUUAGAAUUAGGUUUUCUGAAGAAUUAACCUUCCUGUAAUAUCACCUUAAUACCUUCCCUGGUGUCCUGUAACGUUUUAUUUUAGACUGAUGAAUUACAUGUGUAGGAAGUGAUGUUGUUAGAUUUUUGGUGUGCAAUGGUAAAUGUGAAAAGACAGCGCAUAAAGGACCAAAAGUGACAGAACUGUUGCCAAAAGGUGCCAGCCAACCACCUACAGCCCUUCCUGUAAACCCGGUGCUCUCUCCAACUGCCUUCAACAACUGAAGGGGCGUUCUGAGGGAAGGGGUAUGGGGGCCAUUAGCCGCGGGUUGUGUUUGUAGGCUCCAGGGCUGGUUGUUGGUGUGCCCGCAGGAGCUGCCCAGUCAAAUGGUGGCAUGGCUGUCCCCGUUGGUGCUGCUAAGGUGGUGGUUUCCUUUUUUGGGGGGAAGAGGAGUGAAGGAGAAGGGCCGCUCCUUCCAUCCCUGAGAAAUCCCUUUUUUUUCACUCUUAAGAAUUCUCCUCAAGGCUUUUUUAGAUCCUCUUUGAGGAGAAUGGGAAUGGAUGUGGCCCAUUAUUUGAGCUCAGAGGUUUUCGUUUUGAAGGCCUCACACUACCAAAUGCUGAAUGUAACUGCCGUAAGUUUCAGGAAAAAAAAGCCACCAUGCCUCCUGUGCUGCGUUUCCCGUGGGCGCAGCGUUGGUUCGUAUUGCUGGGAAACAUUCAUGUUCUUUAAGCCAAACUGGAGCAGAAGUUUGAGAUCUCACUGCUGUGUUCAAAGUGCAGUGCGUGGAGGAAGGCUGGCGGGGCAGAAAAGGAGCCGCAGGAGAAGGCAGACCUGUUUAGCAGCAAAGAUUUGAGCAAGUGAAGCAUGUGUGUGUGAAAUCGAGUGUAACUUACGUGGCCGUGUGCAGCACCGACUGUGCAGCCUUAGGCUGGCAGUGGGACGGAGCAGCGGGACGGGGCGGGCAGCUCUGAGCCUGGGCUGGUGGAGAAUUAACCUCUGCUGCGUUCGUCGUGUGUGUUCUGUACCUUUUAAUUGUGCUUUACCUCUGUUUAAAAGCUUUGUACUGCCUCUCCUAUUUGAAACUGGUAAAGCCUUUAUACGUCUAAAUCAGCGAGCUUGCACAAUCUUGUAUACAGGAAGCCCAUCUCGUCUCUAACGUGAUUAUUCAUGUAUUAUUCUGUGAAAACUGAUUAAAAGGAGAGCAGUU